AUUAAAAAUUUAGAACAAAGUUCGCGUAAAUAGGUUAAAUAUAAAGACAUCUCAUGCAUGAUGUAGUCCUCUUCCCGAGCCGGCAUUAGCCCGCCACUAUAGGAAUCGCGCUAUAAUUCGUCUGUCUGUUGGCCACCUCCUUCACCCUUUCCGCUUCUUCCUUCAGUGUUAAAGGAUCUCCAUUGCUGUUCUGUAGAAGAUCCUAUAUGCCCAAUGCUCAUACCUAAUCGUAAUUAUUUCUAUUAUAUUUAUCAGCCGACGAGAACAUGUUUGUGGCAGCCUCUAAUCAUAAGGCUGACAAAUAUUUCAUAUGGACGUAUACGGCCGUGUUCUACGCGUUUUCGUGUUUUGUUUUUUACCAUCUGAUCUACACAGAAAACAUAUUGAAACCAUACUUGGAUGAUCUGACCUUGGACAAUAUCAACUAUGUGCUGAUGACGUCGCUGUCCGUCCUCAUCGUUUUGUUAAAUCCGUUGUUGGCGAGUAGAGCACGUGAGAAGCGAGAAGAAUAUUUCAAACUCUGGCGAGAAUAUCAGAUUCAAUAUGAACAGUACACUAUUGCGAAAUUGGACCUAGUGGGUCACGGACUGCCAUUUAUUGACUACCUAUAGCCUCCGAGAUGUUGCUCGAUCAAUUGUUAGUAAGUACUAGUAUAAUAGUAGCAUAUAUAAUAGUAGUAACGAAACUAACUUAAGGCUACAGCAUAUAAUCAUAGGCCUUUUUAAAUCAUCCACCAUCUUUGACAGUUUGACGGUUAUAUCGUAAUUAUAAUCAUACUUUGCAUGCGAUACAUACCAAUAUAGGGAACUUAUGGUUCAAAUGUCAAGCUUAAAAGUUAGUUUUAAGAAAAAAUUAUUUAGCUCUUGUAAAUUAAACCAAUAUCAAUAAUUUCAAUUAAAAGUAUAUGUUAAUACAUAUUUUACUAAACUUUAUAGGACCA